AACAGGCACCGGUGGCCAAGCUCCGUGGCCAUGAAGGUCAAGGUCAUCCCCGUGCUUGAGGACAACUACAUGUACCUGGUCAUCGAGGAGCUCACGCGCGAGGCGGUGGCCGUGGACGUGGCCGUGCCCAAGAGGUUGUUGGAGAUCGUGGGCCGGGAGGGGGUGUCCCUGACCGCCGUGCUGACCACCCACCAUCACUGGGACCACGCGCGGGGAAACCCGGAGCUGGCGCGGCUGCGUCCCGGGCUGGCGGUGCUGGGCGCGGACGAGCGCAUCUUCUCGCUGACGCGCAGGCUGGCGCACGGCGAGGAGCUGCGGGUGAGCGCGCGCCCCCGGGAGGGCGGGGUGGGUACCCCGGGACCGCCCGCCCUCAUGGGUCCGCCUGCUCCUCCGCCGCAGUUUGGGGCCAUCCACGUGCGCUGCCUCCUGACGCCCGGCCACACCUCCGGCCACAUGAGCUACUUCCUGUGGGAGGAUGAUUGCCCGGACCCACCCGCCCUGUUCUCGGGUACCCGCAGCGCGGAGCGCGCCCACCCCGCCUCCCGCCGGCCCCGCCCCCUCUGCUCUGACCCGCCCUCCCCCGCCAGGGGACGCGCUGUUGGUGGCCGGCUGCGGCUCGUGCCUGGAGGGCAGCGCCCAGCAGAUGUACCAGAGCCUGGCCGAGCUGAGCACCCUGCCCCCCGAGACGAAGGUGUUCUGCGGCCACGAGCACACGCUCAGCAACCUGGAGUUUGCGCAGAAAGUGGAGCCCUGCAACGACCACGGCCUGUGGUCACUCCAGAAGAGGGACGAGGACGAUGUGCCCACAGUGCCCUCGACUCUGGGCGAGGAGCGCCUCUACAACCCCUUCCUGCGGGUGGCAGAGGAGCCGGUGCGCAAGUUCACGGGCAAGGCGGGCCCCGCCGACGUCCUGGAGGUGCUCUGCGAGGAGCGGGCACGCUUCGAACAGGCAGGCGAGCCGAGGCAGCCACAGGCACGGGCCCUCCUUGCGCUGCAGUGGGGGCUCCUGAGUGCAGCCCCCAACAAGUGAGCCCCCCACAGACCCUCACAGGGCUGGGUCUCACAUGCCUCUUCAUGACCUCAGCCAGCUGGACUCACGCAAGGGCCACCUCUGGAAGCUUCUAAGAGGCUCUGGCCUGCCAGCUGCCCAGCCUCAGAGGGUGGACAUGCGUGACCACUCUGCGGGGCCCGUGGGGGCCCGGAGACCUGGGUGUUUGGGAAGUGGGAUGCAUGGGGCUUCUGAACCACGAAUAAAGCCGUUGUCAGUGCUGGCAGACGUGCCAGGAGGAGCUGUUUUCA